AUGCAUUUUGCCAAGAUGCAUCAGGGCAUCCAAGCAAGGGGGUCUGUGACUGGUGUGGCAAAGGGGAAAGUUGCCUUUCUCAGUUCAGGUGGGUUGGAUGCUGCAGCCUGCAAGAAAGUGUGUGGGAAGCAUCCUGAGGACAGGCGUGCUCUGACUAUGGACAGAAGCAAUACAAGUAGCAGUUUGAGGGCAACAGUAUCUGGAUUUAAACAGUGCAUGCCAGAGAGGUGCCAGAGGGUAUCAAUGAGUGCUUCCUGACGGCCACUAUUUUACAAGAGGAAUUCAAGCAUAUAUCAGAUUUAGGUUUGCACAAUUAAAGAGGAUCGAAGCAUUUCAUUCAUUCAUUCAUUCAUUCAUUUCAUAAAGUUUAUACACCGCCUGAUGGUAAAAAAAACCUUCAGAGCAGUUUACAAAAAGAUAAAAUAAUAAUGGCAAGAAAAAUUCACAACCCUACGUUAAAGCAUGCAAAAGUUAAAAUACUAAAGCAGAUUACAAAUUACUUCAACUUCCUAAGCAUCUGAGUUGUCUAAACAAGAGUUUUUAGCAGGCACCAAAAAGAGUACAGCCUGCUAAUCUCAGUAGGCCGGGAGUUCCAGUUUAAAAUAGACAAUAGGCAGCAAAUCCCAAAAAACACCACACACAACCCAGACCUUUUGCGGUGAGGAAUGUGACAGGAAAAUGCACUGAAACAUGUGGCAUGAACAAAUGCUCACCAAAGGUCAGACAUAGCCUAACCUCUGUGUAAGCUUUGCGCAGGCAGAUCAGGAUGGAUGCUCUGUAAAUAGUUACCUGGAGGAGCCUGAUGCUUGUGGCCAUGCUGCAAAGGAAGGAUGCUCUCAGACUGGAGGGCUCACAGUGGCUCCCACCACCCACAGCAAGGAUCCUGAGAGGAUCCUGGUGGAGCACCCGCAGUGAGGUUGCAGUAGUGCAUCUCCUAGGAGUGGCAGAGUGGACUGGGUCACUGUACCUGGGGAAAGGUAGUUUCCUUUCUCCCCAGGGUUUUCUGUGGAUGGCCAUUUGCCCCAAUUCAGUGGUAAAAUGUGGGUUUUCCUGGGAGAAGCACCAGGACAACAACAAUAAACAAUAAAACAUGGAGCUUUAAAGUGCGGACCUGUGCCGAGAAACCGCUACACAAAAGGACGUCUGGAUGAGCCCCAAGUGAUGUGGAGAAAGCCCACUUCACUUUUGCAGUUGUGCCACAAGCUCUGGGACUCGGCCCUGUUUGCAAAUAAGGUCUCUGUUCCAGGUCUACCCAAAAGGGUCCUUCACUACACCCUACUCUGCAUCAAUCACCAUUCAAUAUUUUUCAGAUAGAAUCCAGACCAAGGGCCAGGUAGUCUGAUAUGCCCAGCUGCAGAGUUUGCUAUAUAUGUACCUACUAGCCACAGUGUCUGGAUUCUACCUUCACUGUCAGAGGUAGCAUGUCUCUCUGAAUACCAGUUGCUGGGAAUCACAGGAGGGGAGAGUGCUGCUGCCAUCAAGUCCUGCUUGUGGGUUUCCCACAGGUAUCUGGUUGGCCACUGUGAGAACAGGAUGCUGGACUAGAUGGGUCUUUUGUCUGAUCUGACAGGGCUCUUCUUACGUUCUGAUAUCUAACCAAAUAAUUAAAAUCAGCACUGGAGCUUCAGCAAGGGAAUUCAAGUCCUAGAUAUCUGCUUUCUCGGCCUGCCAGAGGUAUGCCAUCUUGCCUCUUCCUCAGAAUCUGCAAUCUUGGAUCCACUCCACUGGCCCUACAUCCUACAGUCAGACCCUUUAAGGCUUAGGCCAUGCUUCUUUCCGUCCUACCCAGAGAAAUGAAUUAUUCCUCGCUGUGGGGCAACUCCUGCAUUCUGCAUCGCCAGCUACGUUCAAAGGCGGAGAGAGUAGUAGUGGCUGCUUGUCAGUGCUGAUCAGCAUCACCUGGGUUGCCACUUGCCUAAGAUGAGAGAUCUGGUUCAGGAGGCUAAUGCAUUCAUGUCAGACCCGGAGAAGCAGAAACAGCCCCCUCCCCACCAUGUUCCCUCCUCGACCAUUGUGCUUUGGGAAUGGGGCCAAGACGCUUCCCUUUCCCUCUCUGGGCGACAGCAGGCAGCUUUUGUGCCCCAGAUUUCCGUGCCCCCCCCCUCCUCGUGGCAUUUGCAACCCAAAUGGAUGAGCCAGCAAAACUCCAGCCUCUGCAGAUCACCCGGCCUCCUCCUCCUGCUGCCUUCAUUCCAAGCGGAUGCCCACCACGAGCUGAGCAUCCCUAACCGCCUUCAGAGACAGCUGUUGUCAUCAUCACCAGGGUGUGUCCAGAGGGCUGUUGCUCUAGACUGCACAGCUGGGAGCCUGGCGGGAGGGAAUGCAUGCAAGCAAUUUAGAAAUAGGAGAAAAAUGUGGGAGAAGAAAGUAAUCUUCUUUCCUCACUUGCAUUAAACCAGACCUCAGGAUCACCCACUGACACUUAACCACCACCAGGUUCACUGGGCCGGACCUACCAUUAAGCAGAGUAAUACAGCUGCCUCAGGCGGCAGAUGCUGCAGGGCAGCAGUGCCAGGGGGAUGCUGAGGUGUGCCUUGCCUACACUACCUUAAAUUAACCUUCUUUUCACCCACCUCCUGCUGUGGUGGAUGCUGUCCCAUCAACAGUGUUGAAAUAAGAGCUAACUGGCAAUCCAGUCGGUUUCUGUACCUAGAUGGGGAGGGAGCAUAAUUUUGUCUUUUGCUUCAGGCAGCAAAAAGUUUGUGACUGGCUCUGAAGGUUCUAGUCAGGAAACAGAAAAUAUGGAAUUUGCUGCCAUAGAAUGAAGGAAUGUUAACAAAGACGUCUUGCAACAGCCUUUACCUAACUUCCAGGUGCUUUGGAGUACAGCUCUCAUCAGUCCCAGUCGGCGUGGCUUAUGGGAGUUGCAGUCCAGAACACCUGGAAGGCACCAGGUUGUGCAUGGCAAUUUGCGGCCUCUGCCACUACAGAUGAGACAAGGUCAAGGACCUUUGACAUUGCCUGUUCAAUUGUUCAGUGACACAAGGGAGUGGGGGCGGGGGGAGGAAUCACGUGGAUCUGUUUAAAAAUUGUGCCAACAAUAAUUUUUCUUUUUGACAAGAAAUUCAGAGCUCGUGAAUUCCCAAUGGUGCUACACAUGGCAGGUGGCAGUGGCAUGUGAAGACACUUCUGGACAAGUUUUAAUAUGUUUAAUAGUUACUUUCUGAAGAUGUGAAUAUGUUGGAAUUCUUAAUCCAGGCCCAUCAUUGGCUGAGAUGGAUCUCAUAAUUAUUCCUUUUGUUGGGUCACCUACAAGGUUUUAAUUAAGUUGCUUUUUAUUGACUUGUGCUCGAUUUUGCUUCAUUUCUCACCUCAUUUGCUAUCUCAUGUCCAUCUGCACAGGCUCUGGUGGUUUUAAGAAGGAAAUUAGACAAACUCAUGAAAAAUAUAAGCUCUGAGACCUAAAUGGACCCUCUUUGGUCAGAAGCAACUGAGCUGCUGCUCUUCCCAAAAAUAUAAGUCAUUAAUGAGACAUAGGGCUCAUCCAGACUUCCUUUUGUGCCACACUUUCCAGGCACAGGUCCACACUUUAAAGCUCUGGGUCUGAGCAUUUUUAUUAUUUUGACCUGGUGCUUUCCCUGGGAAAACCUGCUCUUUAGUGCUGAAUAGGAGAAAAUGACAAUCUACAGAAGACUGGAUUCAGCAGUAGAACAUGGGUUUUACUUGGGGAGAGCAUUGGGACAAAAAAUAAAACUGUUUGGACAUGGAGCUUUAAAUCCCAGAGCUGUGCCUAGAAAAACUCAACAACUUGGGCUGCCCCACCCCCAACAAAAAUCCUGGCUACACCCCGAGUGAAACACUGACAACAGGCCACAGAUAUCCCUUUAACCAAGAUUCUGAUUUGGGGUUGUUAUGCAUACAGCUCCUGUCUGGGACAGGAGGGACAGGCUGAAUGACCUCUUAGGUGCCUUCCAAUUCUCCAUAUCCUGAACCCAGGCUUCCCUUGCCUGGCUCUUGAGACUGAGAGAGCGAGAGAGGAAAAGAGGGCCUGGCACAGCAAGGCAAGGGUUAAUCUGCCCUGGCUUCCUUGCACUGCAGACGUCACAGAUGUUUUAGAAGGAGGGGAGGGGGCCGAGUAGUGGUCUAUGGUGGUCUUUGUGAUGCAUUUUAUACUGAUAGCAGCAGCUGCACCAGCAAAGCUCCCUUCGUUGGAUUGACACACACAGGGAGGGCAGCGCUCCUUCUGCAAUCUCUCUCUCUCUCUCUGCAAAGGGGCUACUCUUCCCAGGCACAAGCAAGGAUCUGCAGAAGAUUGGGGGAAAUAUUAUUGCAUCCUCCCCAGCGUGUCUUUCUGAGAUCUCUGGCUUUGCCUUGUCGUCCUCGGCAGAAAGGUGGGUGUCUCUUCCAUUGGCAAGUGGGGAGGAGGAGGGGUGCGAGGACGGAAUCAGACGAACUGAAAUAGAGAUUUUAAUUAUUUUUUUUGCAAGAACAAAAGAUGCAUAUGAGCACCUGGUAUUUCCAGAGCAGUCCAAAACGGGAUUUCUCAUGAAUCUUCCUGGCUGGCGACCCGGGCACCCUUUCUACACAGUGACAGGGAGGGUGGGGGGAGGAACUGCUGAGUUGGGUUGGGUCAGGGUCUCCCCAGUAGAUUUUCUGAGCUCUCUUUAUGCAGGUCGCCACCUGCUCGCCCACUGGCUUUCUAUGCUGAAAACCUGGGCACCAUCUCGCUCUAGGGUUGCACAGCCUCAGUGCUCUGUUCCCGACCCACACCCUGUUUACUGUUACCGUCGGGCGUUGAGCAAAGACGCUCUGGUCCCCUUCCGUGUCCCAUGUGCAGGCAGGGAUGGCGCUGGGGUAGCCGCUGCCUUUGGAAGAAAAGCACGCUCCCCAUUUUGUGCCGCGCAAGGCCAGGGUCUCGGUCUCCCUCUGAUCUGUGAAAUGGGUGGAGCGCAGGGAGAUGUGCUGUGCCUGUGCCCCUCUCCUGCAAGGCGGCACUCAUCGCUGCUUCAUCCUUAGCCCCCUGCGGAAUUUUCUUUUCCCCCUCCCUGCCUGCAGUCGCAGGAAAUGAGAUGCCAGCGGCAGCGGCAGCACAUGGCUCUCUCUGCCUCUCCUGGGGGGGGAUUAAAAAAUAGCUGGGUCUGCUCAGUGAGAUUCUUUUGUGUGUGUUGGCCAAGGAAGGGUAUAGCUCCUGGUUGCUGGAACGCAAUGGGCUUUUGUCCAGAAGUUCUGCCCAUAAAUCGCUACCCAGGUGGUCCAAGGUGCUGGUUACCUUGCAAGUGAUGCUGCUGACCGGUGAGAGUGUAUUGGCAAGGGUGACUAUUGCAACCUGGGAAAGGGAUGGACUUAUCAGAGUGUGUCAGCGUCUAAAUUCACCUGUACAGCUCUGUCUUCCUCCCACUGACAUUGGUCCAGACAGAGGUCAAAGUCUCCUGGGAUACUGAGCAGAUAGAUAUAGAGAGUCUAUUGUCUAUUCUGUAAUAAUGAAUGAAGAUUCAGGUUUGGUCUCCCUUGUCAAACUGCACCCCCCCCCAGCACUCUUUACUAGUUCCUAGAAGGGAGACUUCCUCUGAAGUGUGGGGGAUAGGCAAGCUGCCUCCAUACCCUUAAAAGCAUUGAGCUGUCCCCUGUUGGAGGCUGGAGGCUGGACCAGGUGGUUGCUAAGGUCGUUUGGAUGCUCAUGUUCAUAUGUGCAAAGAGCUUUCCAGGUGCAUCUCCCUUGCAGUUGGAUGAAGGCUACAGGCAACUGCCCCUAGGUCGUAACCACUCAAUAAUUGUUGGAUGUCUGGAGUGGAUUCUGUUUGGGAGGAUAAUUAUAGAUGCUGCAGUGAAAUCUACACUAUGGGAGCUUCUCUUGUGAGAACUCAUUAAGGAAAAAAGGGGGGGGACAGAUUUGCUCAAAAUCCAAGGCCUGCCUGGGGUUGAUUUAGGUCACUCAUUGAUGGAACUUGAAUGAGGGUGUUCCUUCCACAGCCAGCUUUGUGUCUCCUUUCUCACAACCUCUUGAAGCCUGUGAGUGGUCUCCUCUGUAGUUUCCCCCUCUUCCAUUCUUUGUCUGGAAACAAGAGCAGAAUCUCAGACUCUGGUCUCCUUCAUGCAUUUGCUUGAUAUGGUGAGAAGAACAAGGUGCAUGAUUUAGGCUUGGUGUUGGCUAUGUGAGAUCUGGGGCACUAGGCGCUUUCCUAGACGAGAAGCAAAAUGGCCCCAACAGCAUAUGCAAAGGAUUUUGAUGCCCCAAUGAGCAAAACCUGAUUGCACAUCUUGGACCAGAGGAAGCAUGUGCUCCUAGAUGGAGAUGAAGAGGUAGCAGCAAAGGCUGGUCCACAACACAUUGGAGGAAAGUGCCAGGCUUUGCUUGGUGGGCCUGGAGUUGGAGCUUUUGCCUCCUGGUAUCAAACAAAGUGGAACUCAGGAUUCUGAAUGAAGGGCUGAUUUAAUAGAAAAAGAGGAAGCUGCCUUAAACUGGAUCCAAUCUAGCUCAGUACUGUCCAUAUUGACUGGCAGUGGAUCUCCAGGGUUUGAGGAUCCAAGCCACUAAUGCCAUUUCCCCUCUUCCCAAAGCCAGGUCCCUCCUUCACCAGUCAUUCCCCAAAGCCAGUCAUUCCCCAAAGAUGGUUCUCUUCCAAAUCCAUGCAUGGUUAAUGAUUAGGGAUGAUGGGAAUUGUAGCAUCUGGAGGGCACCAUCUUGGCUGCUGUCUAUGGCACAGGUCAGUCUUCUUCCCCCAUCCUGGUGCCCUCCAAAUGUUUUGCUGCCCCAAUGGGCAAAGGAACGCAGCCAGCACAGCUGCAGAGAGCACCAGGUGCAGGAAGGUGGUGGCUGCAAAGUGUAGGCUUGCCUGAUUUGGCUGCAGAGCACGGUGACAGUGAACUGGAAAGGUCUCAGACUGUGAGCAGUCAGUUUGCUCCUCCAACCCACCCCCCUUCCCAAACUACUUAGGUGUGAACCUGCAGAAUUUAUUUGCCUCUGGGAUGAAACACUCCCUUCCUCCCUGGCAGAGCAGGAAAGGAGAAGCAGAGGGGCGACAAGGCAAUGCAAGCCAUUCUCCCAUCUCAGCGCUGGUUGCCAGAGGCAAGGGGUGUGUGUGUGUGUGUGUGUGUGUGUGUGUGUGUGUGUGUGUAAAACAGACCAAGAAAAUCUGGGUGGCAUAAAACCUAUGAUGUGGUGUGCUUCCAGACAAGGGUUUGUUGUGGGAUGUCUGCUCCUCAUGCAUUCCACCUGACACCAUCAGAUCAAAAUGCCAGCCUGUAUCCCCCACCCCAUUUAAUCCACAUUCACCCUUUUGAAGGGAAAUCUGAUAAGUUUUUUUUUUAAACCAAACCAAACCAAAACCAUAAUCUGUUUCCAGUCACUCAUCUGUGAUAUCUGUGAUAUCUGAACAACCCAUUUACAAUAUUGUCCCUAUCUAGAAGCCCCUGCAUGAAUUGUGUUCCUCUACCCAACUCUCAGGACAGACUGCUUCCUCCAGAAUUUACCUUCCUGGAUCAAAACAUUUGGUUCUCCUCUCCCAAAGGCUGUCUCCUGCAUCUCCUCACCCCUUGCAAAGCCCAGAAGGUAUUUGGCAAAGUCUAGAUAAGGUGGACAUAGCGCAGAGUGAAACCAGAAGCAGGGCAAGAUCUAGAGCAAGGAAGCAGGUUCCAGGCAGCUGGUCAGAACUGGGUAGUGCAGGUGAAGGGAGACAUCCCAAGCAGCACAGAAGGAGACUUCACAAAAUCCCCAUAGAUGGUGCCCAGCAAAGGAAGCCACCAAGCAUUUACAGCCACAGCAAACUGGCACAGAAGCAUGAAUUAUGGCGGCAAUGCAUGGGUAGUGUCCAUUGCAGGAAUCUGAUGAACAGGUGAGAGGCUGAGUCAGACUCCUCACCUGAAAGGUCACAGGUGCAACCAGUAGGUCCUACUUUUCACUAGGGAGGCUGUCAUGAUAUCCCUUUCCAAAUUCUAGUGAAUUCAACGGGUCACAAUACCUUCCACGUUGUCAAUCCUGACUCAAAAUGGAGCACAGGAAGCUGCCUUACACUGAGUCAGACCAAUGCUCCAUGUAGUUCAGUAGUGUCUACACUGCCUGGCAGCAGCUCUCCAAAUUGUCAGACAGGGUUCUCUCCUAGCCCUAACUGGACAUGCGAUUGAGGACUGAACCUGGGACCUUCUGCAUGCAAAGCAGAUGCUUUACCACUAAGCCACAUCUCUCCCUGAUCAAAGCAAUUAUCAAAGGCGUCCCCAUUGGAGAGAUCUGGGACCAUGUCACAACACCAGCAUGCAGCUCCUGGCUCUGUUUCCCCUUUUCAGAUGACAAGAGUGCUCUGAGCAUGUGCAAAAUGUCUCACCACUUGGCUUGCUCACAUGCACUGGAACUGAGGGCUAGGAAGCAGAUUGAGCCCCAGCACCUCUCUCAGAGUACCUUUUACUUCCCUCUCACGUCCAGCUCCCACUCACACCAUUUCCUCAUGAGCAAGGUUGCCAGUGGGCUCAUUUUGCACCAUGGAAGCAUUUAGGAAGCCCCCCCACAACCUCCUAAAAUGAAGUUGGCAUAAUUAGGAGCACAGAACCACUAACAUUUGAGCGUGCAUAAUGCGGGUCUGUGUAGCUCCCCUCCAUUUUGUACUGAUGCAGGAAAUUGAAAAACCAAAGCAAAUUUCUAUUUUGAAAGCCCUCCUUGUGCCCUUCAGAAGGGGGACCACAAAGGACUCAACAGAGCAUGUCUGGCCUUAUGGCAUGUUUAAAGACACUCUCCCCCAUCACAAGCCCCUGAAGUCAGUUAAAUCACUGUAAACAAUGCAAAUAAACUGACCAUUAGUUUACUGUGCAACUUUUACAAGAGAGACUGCUUGUGCAGAAGGGAGGGGGAACGAAAGGCAGGCCAAACCACCAGCCUCAGUGACUGCACCCUGCAGCAGAGGCAGUUUAGGAUAGAUCUUAAGUCACAUCUAGGGCUAAGUUCACACGGCAGCUUAAAGCUGUGUGUUCCUAGGUGUGCAUGCCUUUUUGCAUUGUCCACAAGAUGUCAUCCUUACCCAAGUGUUAGCCUGAAUUUUCCCCACCCUCUUAUUCCACACUCUCUGGGCUCACCCACACUUCCCUGGGAAAACCUGAUAAUUAGCACUGAACUGGAGCAAACGUCGGUUGGGUUUUCUCGAAAUUGACAUUUGCUCUGAUUUAGUACUAAAGAGCAGGUUUUCCAGGGCAAAGCAGCAGGGGAAUGGCAAAACUGCUCGGAGCCAUGCCUAGAAAGCAUAUGACAAGUGGAACACCACUCGGCCCCUUGGACAAGCCCUCCCUUUUUUAAAAUUACAAAGAAUUGUGAAGAACCUGCAGCCAGGGCUUACCUCCUCAUCUACUGGUCUUUCUUACAAGUUUGCUGCUAGGUGCUGAAACUGCAGGGCACACACCUUCAGGAAACGGGAGGCUGAAGAAGACCAGCAGCCUUGCAGAGAAAAAGGAAGUUGCUCACAUUGCUAAUGAAUUUCCCAGACUCAGGGAAAUGAGAAGAACUGGGAACUUAUAAGUAGCAAUAGCAGUGGAUUGGCUCUCAGUUGUCACCUGACUCCCUGGCCCAGGAGGAUUCUGGGACGUUGUGCAUAGCCCCCACUGGAGCUACCUCUGGUUCCUUCCUCCAACCCAUGGAGCCAGUGCCUGACCUUCUUCAAGCCUCACAGCUCCUGAUACUGAUUGCAUAGAAGAAUGUUACGAAAAUGUGUUGGAAGAAGACCUGGCGCUACCCUGGGCCUAGCUGUCCUUUUCUCCCUGCCCCCAAUCAAUGAGGGUGGUUUUAAAAAGAAAAGAAGAUUUUAAUCUGAUAUUUGCUAUGACCCACGGACUUCUAUGGAUGUUGCCUGCCAGUAACCUUCAUCAAUACUACAUUACACCAACAAGAGGUCUGGAGUAGAAUGUGAAAAGAGAAAGAAAUGAUCAGGAGGGGACAGCAUUGUCUGUGAGCCUAGAAAUAAAGCAGUUUGAAAAAUUAGACCUGCCUCUGCUCAGUUACUGAAACAUGGUGUCAGAAGCAACCAAACCUUGCCACCACCACUUUCUGCAAAAGCUGAAGAAAAGCUCAGGAAAGGCCAGGAAGGACUUAGCUAACUUUCAGCCAGGCUGCAGAUAAAGUUCAAGGGUUGAGGUUCAUGAAGCAAGUGCUCUGCGGUAUGAAACAGUGGAAGCCUUUUUGAACCAGUCAAAAUGGGUUUUUGCAGUCAAGGACCUUCAGAUGCUGUGAACAGGUCCAUCCUGUCUGUGCACACAUUCCCAUGCAUCAUCUGGGAAUCCUCCAAGGUGGGCCUCGCAGGGACUGCCUUGGAGCAGCGGCUCAGUCUGAGUAGGUCAAGUAGCAGCAAAGAGCUCUUGAGCAGACUAAUCAGGAGAGAGAUUUAGACACCAUUCUGCACACUGCAAGCGGGGGUGCACAGAGCAGAAGACAAGCUCAUGUACCACAAAGUUGGGUGGCCAGGUGCGUAGGACAGCUCUCUUUUGAUACACUUGCCCAGUAUCCUUAAUUGACCUCUGAAAUCCUAGUGGUUUGAAUGGUUACAAAAGGUUUGUGAAUUGUCUCUCUGUGUGUGUUUGCAUAAAUAUUUGCAUAUGUGUGUGUAGUUUUCUAAAGUUCUAUUUUGCUCUGUUAAACUGCUGGGACUCCGGCAAGGUGGCUGGGUUUGUUGCUGGUGAUGUUAGCAGCAGCAGUAGCUGUACACAUUAUCAGGAGAACAGGCACCUUUCAGUGCAUGUAGACAAAGCUCUUGACUUUCUUCUUCAGAAGGACCGCUUGGUGGUCAGAGCUUAACCUCCCACUCAAGCCAUGAUCUUGCAGGUGGGGAGCUUGAUAAAACUCUGCCUCUGUCCUCCAGCACUUCCCAAAGAGAAAGAGAGAGGGCAGGACUUCAAGUGGGUUGCAGAGUGCGUCUCUCCUGCCCUCUCCACAGCUGCUCCCAUAGGAGAAGGCUACUGAAUCUGGGAAGGGGAGGCUCAGGAAUCUCAAAGUUCUUCAGAGGAGAAAUAGACAUGGUUAAGAAAGAGGAAAUGGCUGUGCAGUGGUGCUAGCCUGGUAAAGCAAACACAGAUCCCAGCCUGGAUUGGGCCGGAGUUUACAGCAAGUGGCUUCUUCAAGCAUUCACUGUUUGCUACAACAUGUUGUGCCCAUGUUGUGCUUCCUGAGGCUGGACAGUUGUAUGGAAAGUUGCAGCUUGAGUCCACAGUGAACAGUUCCAAUGACCUCUUCAUAACAGGUGAGGAAAAUGUUGCCAGCCAGAAGCAAAGGCGGGUGGGAAGCAGUAGACUGAGGGUGAUAAUGCACUGAAGUUUGAUGGGGGGUGAAUUUCACAGCAAUUUCCCUGCUAGUUGUCACACAUCAACAUGGCUUCAAUUUGUUUUUGUUUGUGUACACACUAGGGCAAAGCGAGGGGGGGCAGGGGGCAGGGAUAUAUUUACCCUAUACAAAGUUGUUGGUAAGAGACAAAUCAGGAUCACCUUAAGGGCUCUGAUCAGUGUGAAGGUAGUUUGAGAAACAGGGCACCAAACAGGAGUCUUUUGUAAUACAGGAUACGUAUGCAUUUUGGAUAUUGUUGUGUGAAUGUGGAUUAAAACCCUGCUCAGCCUUCCUCUCCCCUUGUCCCGUUUUACCUCUAGACAUGUGGAUAUAGACAACAGUGCCUUUCUGAAUGCAUAAAGACCCCUGCUUAGCUAGAGCUGGCUUCAAAACAUCAGAGAUUAGGGGAAUGCUACUGCUGGGAAGCAAAUGCCUUUUAGCCUGCUGGAAUGGACAGUGCAGGCCCUUAGGAACAGAUAAAAAGACAAGGCCCUUUAUAUCAAGCCCCUGGGUACCUGCCAUUCAUCUCAAUGGGGCAUGUGAUGUGGGGGACCUCCUCAUGGACUGUGUCCGAAUAGUAAACUGAUAGGUCAUGAGGGAUGAACUACCAUGUCAGAAUAACUCCAGGAAUGGAAGAAGUACUUCAUGCUUCUACUGAAUAAUGCUUGCCUUGGCCCGUGUGGCAAUGUGAGGGAAUAAAAUGACUGUUCUGUGGUCAAAGAGCCACACUGUGGCCUUUGGUCAUCACCCUCUCCAUUCCUUCUUGUGCGAUGCACUUGAUGAAGUGAAUACUUUCUCUCUCUAUCUCUGGCACGCAUGCAUGGGGUUCAGUUUUCACAAUUCCAGGUUUCCACCAAGGACACAGCUUCAGUUCAGGCACCUUCGAUCAGCAAUUUGAAGGCGAAUUGCUUAGCUCAUGAGAAUGGUCUAAAUCUGGAAGCCUAACGGUGCGUUUUCUCUCCCCCCGCCCCCUUCUCUCUCAUGCUGCAGGAUUCUCCCAGUUAAUGAAGUGUUUUAUGAACCCUACAGAAGCCUGCUUCUUGCUGUAGAGGUUACCGAAGCAUCACAAACUGAGGUAAAAAAUACAGCCCCCUUUGCUGCUUGUGUGAUGCAGGGACCUAUCCAGUCUUAGAGUUCAGAGGGCGCUGGGCAAGGCCUAGAAAAGCAAGUGUAAAGGCAGGUCUUCCUCUAAACAUGUAGCAGAACAAGGUGGCAGAAUCCUGAGGGAACGGAGUGCACUGUGCCACAUCAGAUGGAACAUAAUAUUUUUUUAAUAAAAAAAAUACUCUUAUGUAAAGAACUUGCAAUCAAAACAUGAGAGUUUGGGGGUGCAAAUAAGUAUUUCUAAAAUGUGACAACUCCCCUCCCCCACCUGCAUUAUGAAAUUUGCAAUCUGAAAUUAUGACCAUCCAUUCUGCCACAUCACAACUUAUUUAUUAUUUAUUUGCAAUAUUUACAGACCGCCUUUCACCACAGAUUGUCACAAAGCGGUUUACGCAAAAAUCAAUAAAACACUUCCUCGUAUAUCAGUUUAACACAAACCAAAAUCACAGAUAAAAACAUAACUUGAAUAAAUGAACAAAUACACUUGAAUAAUGUACAAUUAUUUAAAUACCUGCUGAAAUAGAAAGGUCCUCGAGAUGUGUUUGAUUGAAGUCCAGUAGAGAAGGGGUCUGUCAGAUCUCAACUAGUGGGGAGUUCCACAGAAUCAGGCCCACAAUAUGGACUGCCUGGCCCUUAGGAGACACAAGCCAUGCAUAUCUGAGCCACAAGUGGUGCUAAGUUCUUCUUUAAUGCUAGGGGCUGCCUCCCCUGCUCACUCCACUUGCCAACUCCACCUGCCCCUUUGCCAACAGACCUUUCCCCACACUUGACCCCCUCUCGCUUUACACCUCACCCAUGCCCUUGCCUGUGCCCUCUCACAGCUCACUCUGCACACCCUCCCCCCACCCAAGCUCACCCCAGGCCCCACCACCUUUUAAAGGAGAGUGAAGUGCUUCACAGAGCAGCUUGCUAAACUGCUGUGUGAAGUGUUUCCUGUCCUCCAUUAAACCUUGCUGCAGGCCCAUUGGUUGGUGUGGCUGUCUAUUGGCAAGCAAACUCCAGAGCAUGACAACACUUUACAUUUCUAUGUAUAUAGACAGAUAAAGCAAGGAUACUCACCUUGUAGGCCCAAAACAAGUGGCUUUUUAUCCACAAGCUGGCUAACACAGGAAAAUGAAAGUAACCACAAGAAGAAACUGAAGGUUUGAAUCUUAGCACCAACUCAUAAUAACUGGAGACAAUAUUUAACUCUGUAAUUACCAAUUACUACAUUGGAUUGCUAGCAGUGAUUCCCUCAAAGAUCUCCAUGAUCAGGGAAAGUUAUAACUCUUUUAAGUGUCCUGGGCCCAAGUUGUUAAGGGUCUUGUAAAUUAACACCAUAACCUUUAACUUGAUCUGGUAGCAUAUGGGCAACCAGUGCAAGCUUUUAAGCAUCAGAGUUAUGUGCUGGCAAUAGUCUGUCUCCACCAACAGUCUAGUUGCAGCAUUUUUCACCAGCCGGAGCUUCCAGACAAGGCCCAAGGGCAGCCCCACAUUGAGUGUAUUGCAGUCAUCAAGUCUUUACUGCUUCAUUCACUGUUAGUGAUGUCAAGAAAGGCUUCACAUCACCCUGUACAGUGUCAGGGAUAGACCUUGUUGGGCACUUGCCAAGGCCCACACACUUGCAGGUAGAGCCACUGCAACUCUCUGGAGACUCCUAGCCCUGCUGCAACUCCUCUUUGCUGUCACCUGCCUCCUCUGAGCAUGCAAGCAGCAGCAGCACCCUCAGCGCUGCCUUGUGCUUUCCCUCUGGGUGAUUGUAUGGAUUGGGCCUGGAAAGAGAGGACAAAGUGAGCAGGCAGACAUGCUAUGGAGGAGAGGGCCCACUGAAAGUGCCUUACCUGAAACCUAGAGCUGCCCCAGUAGAGAGCUUUAGGAGGGCAAAUUGGGCUAGUGGGUGGCUACUGCCAGGAUCAGAUUAUGGUCUCUCCUUGGUAACGAGUGCCCAUUCAUACCCUAGUCAAGGGGUGGGGAAAUCUGUAGCCCACCAUAUGUUGUUGGAUUUCAACUCCCAUCAACCCCAGCCAGCAUGGCCAAUGGCCAGGGAUGAUGGGAGUCGUAGUCCAGCAAAGAUGUCUAUGGCCACAGGCUCCCCAGCCCUGCUGUAGGCAUUGCGUGGUGGAACUGAAGCUGCUGAGGUACGGUUGUUCUGCUGCUGAGCUGGGAGGAAGGGGAAGUCCAGUGGAGGCUGAGGGCUCUGGAAGCACGCAGAAAGCUCUCACAGGAAGUCUGAGGUGCAACGCAGCACACUCUGCUUCCCUCUGGGAGUCCAAAAUAGAAAAUAUAGAAGUGGUUGUGGGAUUUCCACACAGACAAGGCUGCAAUGAGAUAUACAGAUAGAGCUGAGCUGCCUGCAGCAGCAGCAGUGACACGUGUCCUCUUCACUCACUCAAGCCCUUCAGAGAGGACCUGUUUGAGGACAGAGGGCUCUCUCUGAAGCAGGUAAGCUGGGAGGUCCUGCUUUCCCAAGGGUGCUGUGGGCAGGAUGGUUUAGGAAGGAGAAAGGUGGUGGUGAGAAGCAUUGAGGAGGAGGAGGGUCUACACUGGGCCAAAAAGGGGCUAUGGACAGGGACCCCAUUGGAAAAGGGGCUCUCAGUAAACACCUUUAACUCAAACACCCAUUUCUGAAUUUUGUACCAUACAUCUACAUGGCGGAAGUGGUGCUGCUGCCACCCACCUUAGAACAGGUCAUGUGACCCAAUCGUGGGCUCCGACCCCUCAACUGAAGACCAGUGUUUCUGAGUAGGGGAAGCCAGUGUGGUGCCCUCCAGAAGUUCCCGCACUCCCAGUUCCCACCCUCACUGACCAUUGGCUAUGGGGGCUGCUGGGAGUUGGAGUUCCACACCUGGAAGGUACCACAUGAGCUGCUCCUUCUCCUCUAGAGGAACUCUGUGCUCAGAGGGGCUUUCUUGCAGCCUUUCUCUUCCUCUCUCUCUCAAUCUCUCUUUCUUUCUCUCUACCUCGGUUGUUUUCUUCCAUCUUCUGUUCUGUUUCUCCCGCUCAGGUCUGCUGGCCAUGGGCAACCUGA